CCUACCCAGAGACGCGAAUUUUUAUGAUUAUUUUUUUUUUUUUUACGUUUUUUAAUUUUUUUUUUUUUUUACCCCCUCCUUGGAAAGAAGAUCUCUGUUCCCAGAGCCAAGCAGGCAAGAUCAAUGAAGGAGAGAAGAGCCAGCCAGAAACUCUCCGGCAAAUCGAUCAUGGAUCCUAAUCAGAACGUGAAAUGCAAAAUAGUGGUGGUGGGCGAGAGCCAGUGUGGGAAAACCGCCUUGCUGCAUGUGUUCGCCAAGGACUGUUUUCCCGAGAACUACGUGCCCACCGUGUUUGAGAAUUACACGGCCAGUUUUGAGAUCGACACGCAGAGGAUAGAGCUCAGCUUGUGGGACACCUCGGGAUCACCUUAUUAUGACAACGUUCGGCCCCUCUCCUACCCAGAUUCCGAUGCCGUUUUGAUUUGUUUUGACAUCAGUAGACCAGAGACUCUGGACAGUGUGCUAAAAAAGUGGAAAGGUGAGAUCCAGGAGUUCUGUCCGAACACCAAGAUGCUGCUGGUUGGGUGCAAGUCAGAUCUCCGCACGGAUGUGAGCACGUUAGUGGAACUAUCAAACCACAGACAGACGCCCGUAUCGUACGACCAGGGGGCCAACAUGGCGAAGCAGAUCGGCGCGGCCACCUACAUCGAGUGCUCGGCCCUGCAGUCGGAAAACAGCGUCCGGGACAUUUUCCACGUGGCCACGCUGGCGUGCGUCAACAAGACGAACAAAAACGUGAAGCGGAACAAAUCCCAGCGGGCCACAAAGCGCAUCUCCCACAUGCCCAGCCGGCCAGAGCUGUCGACCGUGACCACGGACUUACGGAAGGACAAAGCGAAGAGCUGCACCGUGAUGUGAACGGGCUGGCUCCCGCCACGGGGGAGGACCCGAGGACGCAAGCAGGAAGGGUGGUCGUGGGGAGACAGCCCCCCCCCCCCCCCCCCCGCCUCCCAGAGGGAAAGGGGGAGGGUCUGAGCGAAUAUUUCUGGGACACCCCCCACACGCCUCACCUCCUCUGGGGUCCUGACCUUGGGCUUCGACGUGUCGGCCAACCGGUGGGAAGAGGAGACUUCGGAGGGCUCAAAAACACGACUUGGAAGACGACGCCAAAAUUUUGAGAAGGGAACGGUUAGGGCCGCAAGGAGGUGCGGAGGGAAAAUGGGGGCCGCUGAAAAGGAAGAUCUCAUCCUCAACGGUGCUGGCUUUUUUGUUUUUCUUGUGUUAAAAGCUAUUCUCAGA